UGUUAGGGAUAAGGGCUUGUGACAGUGGUAGACGCUCGUGCACCUGGUUUGUACCUGUGAUUCGCGCUGUGUCGACAAACGGAAUGCUGUUAUUUACCUCGAAAGUAUGCAACAACACCUGCAGAUAAAUAAGAAAAUGAGGAGAGAAAUCUUUGACAGUGUCGUUUUGUGGAUGUUAAUUCCUUGUUUGAUCCUUGGCGUGGAAAGUGAAGCACCCUCAUCGGCAGCCACCGUAGAGACGGGGGCCGACCCAACCUCACCCCCAGACGAAGUGACCCAAGUGUUGCAUGUGCCCCACCUCAACAAGUCAGUCACACUGGAUAUCAUUCACAGCUCAAAGGUGUUGGUUGUGUUUCAUGAGGAUGAAGAGGACCUUCCGAGGUUGUCCUUCCGUCUACAGACUUACAGCACCGAGGACCAUGUGAUGUUCUCACACAGAGUUACCACCCUUGAGGACCAAGUCAACAUCAAGCUGUACUUUGGAAGGAAUGUCGGGGGCCAGGAGGGGGGCCAUCCGUGGCCGAUAAUGUUGUCUGCCGUCUGUGUGGUCAUCAUGGCACUACUUGCCUUCACCCUGUGGUGGUACUACAAGAGGCGUGGCACAUAUCGAUACCGUGUGCGGGAACCUACAGAGGCAAACACGGAUCCGGACGGACAGACCCCCGUGCGGACACACCAGGCUCUCCGCAGGGUUGCUCCCCCUCGGUUCCAGAGUGCAGGAGACAGAGCUUAUUUGAUUGGUUCUUCCAGUAGCUGUGCAGGGCAUGCCUCAGUCCUCCACAGCCCUGUGCCCUCCCCACAGGAGCACCCCCACAGCAUGACACAGGCUACAGCAGCACAGGAACAGGAACCAACACAUAAUGAGGUGGCCCACAGGCCCUGUGGCGACAGACAAGCAUUGCAUGUGGCUGCCUCCUCACCACCUUCAUCAUUGCAAGCGGUGUGGGACAACCUGCCAUUCAUUGAUGAGGCUGACGGGGAGGAUGGUUCUGGUCACCAUGACGACUCGGCUCAGCAACCAAUGUUUACAUCAUGUAUAUCCUGCACCACCACAUCCGCUGCCCUGGGUCAGAGGUCACUUCCUGCUUACCUGUUGCUGACACUGUCAGUUCUGGCAGUGUUGUGUGUGUGUUUCAUCCCACCAUCUCAGAAGAGUGUCCUGAAUGUCGGUGUACCCUCUUCUACUCUCAUACGACAUGUGCGCAUGUAUUCGGACCACCCAGACUUGUCCAACUUCUUCAUCAACAGCAGCACAUUGUCGCUUGUCUCCCGCCUCCAGAUACUUGAUUAUAAGAAUUGUCAUGAUGACUUGGCAAGCUGCAUGACAUUUGCUCUGUGUGAGGCUGCGGAAGGGUUUGUGACGUGUCGCUGCAAGCGAGGAUAUUAUGUCAGUGGACAGAAAUGUCAAGCCUGCAGCACCUCCUGCCCAGCAGGCCACUACAUGACUGGUGUUUGCUCUGCUUCACGAGAUGUCGACUGUAAGAGGUGUAGUGUCUGCCGGGGAUCUACAUAUGAAGCUGCACCUUGUACCAUGACACAGGACACCAUCUGUGUUGAAGUGGCAUUUCCUGUUGGCAUUCUUCCCAUGAACUACACACAGCUGCAGGAUGACGGAACUUUAAUCAACGUGACCUCGUCAUCGAAUGUGUUCAUGGAGCGACUGCGUGACAUGGAGGAGCUGGAGACGCCCAUGUAUGUGACCAACAAUCAGCAGAGCAUGGACUACGUGUGGAGGCGCACCUCGGGAUUGAAGAUCAAGAUCGGCAUCUCGGAUGUGUACUUGGUCCCCGAGUAUGUGGACAUUGACCACGUUGAUGACAACGCCUACUUUCACAUGAACAAAAACAUCUCAUCUACUCUGAAGGAGAAGUUCCAGGAAACAGAAAAUAAUUAUUGUCGAGACCCAAUGCCAGACUUCUACAGCCUGUACCUUCACAUAUUCCGGCACCGUAUCACAGCUGCCAAGUCGGUGACAUGUUCAUCCAAGGACCACUCCAUCCGCUGUCCUCCUGGAUACAAGGAUGGUCAGCCUCACCUCCGUCGCUACAUCAACCUGCCCUGCCACAAGUAUGAGAUCAAUCGGCGGCAGAAUCUGACGGAGCUCCGUGACACGCACAACAGUGUUGUCUGCACUGACAACACACCACUGUCUCUCAUCUUCGGGAUGCCAAACCCAGCCAAGGAGCCCAUGAGAUUCCCGUCAGAAGACUGCAAGUUCAAUCAAGAAGAGUGUCAGAAGUGUUUACAGAGAGAUUCCUGUAUCAAAAGUGGUAAUGCUACGAGUGUGCCGGAGUGCUGCAACAUUGAAUGUUACAAGAUGCCAACAUGCAACCAGGCUUUCAGUUCUUCAUGUCCUCUAGCUGGUGUCGAGUGUGCCAAGGGUGAGGUGUACAUGUUCACCUUGUCCCCGGUGUUUGAGAAGAUGUACAAGCGGUACAUGUGUCACGUGAGGUACAAGAAACCAACCAUCCUGUACAACAUCAACUACCAAGUGCGGAUCCCCUCCCUCAACUACCACAUCGAGCAGCGCAACUUCACCAUCACAGUAGACACCCUGCUUUCCCAUCGGCAGAUGUCCACAAACCUUGAUUUCCUCAACGUGCAGCACGACACCUGGUUUGACUUCGAGGACGAGAUGAUCGUGAUCGCCAACCACAAACACAUAGUAAAGGAGAUGGGGGAGCUGUCGCUGCAUCCCCUCAAGUCCCCAGGUGACUUCGCAAGCCGCCCCCACAGCUCCAAGAAGGAUUUCGGCACCCAGAUGUACACCUACAUUCAGUUUGAUGUACCAUUCCGCUAUAGUUCUGUCACCUGGAUGAACGGAGGCUGUGAGAAGAAUCUGUCUCGUGUCCAUCCCAACCAGACUCUGUACAAGUCCAGCUCAGUCCGUGUCGCAGCCAAGAUCCUGAAGGAGAAGGAGGAGAUACACUACCAGAUGUAUCGCACUGACCGCUCUCCUCUCAUCAGACUAUUUGUUAACAAGAGUCAGUCGGUUCUAUCCAGCUUCCAGUCCCAGCUAACCGGCUCUGUCCUGGUGCCCUCUGCCCUUCGAACUGCCAUCACCUGGUCACCACAGCAACAAGCCUGGGCUAUCAACAUCACAGGUUCCUUGACUGGGUACCCGGGUGUGAUUGGAGUUCAGAUAUUUGACAAGAUGAUGACUCGGUGUAUCGGCUACUUUGACGUCCUCAUCACUGACCGACCCCAGUUCUAUGUCCAGUUCAAUGUGUCAAGUUCCCAGCCAGAGCUACCCGACAUCUUCAUGGUGCUCCUCAAUGACUCGGUCACAUCACACCGUGUUGUCCUCUCCUCCAUGGUCCUUCCACAACCCAUCUCCAUGGCAACACUUGACCUCCAUCAGACCAGUCAAUCAUCGGCAGACCCAUCCAUCUCCUCCAUCUGGCUCCCAGUCAUUGUGACAGUCACGCUGUCACUCGUCACAGUGCUGGUGGUAUUUGUUGUGUAUGUUUCUGUCCACCUUACAACAAGACAUUCAGCAGAGGAGUUGGUCAAGACGGAGUCAGUGCUGUUGAACAAUGCUGAUGCUGUGAAAGUCCCAGACAAGAUCUACAGCACUUCCUCGUCCAAGGCUGUUGCCUCAAGAACCAUCGUGUUCGCCUUCAUCCUCCUCUACAUCACAUAUUCCAUUGUGUUCACAUUUUCUGUGGCUUUUGGAAUUCUUUACUUCUCCCAUCUCACAGUGUUAUCAAAUUUCACGAGAGUGUCCAACUUGACAGAGAAGCUUCAUCAGGAAGUCAGCCUGUCAAUAAAUGACCUUAAAGACUUUGAAAAGACAGAAAUUAAUUAUUUAAAGAAGUUGUUCCGGCAGCGAAAAGAUGCAUGCAUGGAACACUUGAACAAGGAGAACGCUGAUGUGCUGAGUCAGCAGGUCAGUCUGCUGAACAACCAGCUGCAGGUGAUCUACGUCCAGAACGGAUCCCUUCAGUAUUUGUCUGACAAUGUUGCUCAAGUAAAUGCUGAAAGGCAUAUAGAAAAAUUACAAAUGUUUAUAAAAGAAUGUAAUAACAGUGUUCAGAAGCACUUUCAUCGGUUGACUGAGAAAUACUACAGUGAGCUGGAAGAAGUCUCCAGGAACGGCUGGCUGGACUUCCCGAGAGACAUGUUCCUGGGGCAGACAAAGAGUGGGGAAGAUGGAACACCCAUGUCGGCGUCUCACCUGGAGAAGUUUAUGGCCUGGUUGCAGAUGGACAAAGCUGAUGCCUUGCUGCAUGUUCAGGAGACACUUGCCAACAGAUUAGAAUCACUUGUUCCAUCUUUCCAGUCUUUGGUUGCUACCAAUAUCAACUCCGUUCAGGCAAACAGAGUGCCCUCCAUCCACUUCAGCAACAGCAGCCUACAGGCCUACAAGUAUGUAGUGAUGAAGAGGACUGGGGAGUCUCCAGACGAGGGACGCACUGUUGAUGGCAAGAACAGGAACACAACCAGCAGUGUGGAUGCAAUAGACAUGAAGCUGAACUCUAUGUUGUACAUUUCUAUAGCUCUGUUUCUACUGAUGGACAUAUUCCUGUGGGUGUUCCGUCUUGCUUGGUUGUACACGCAAGUUCAGGAGGCCAACCAAGGAUGUGAAGAGCUCAUCCCCCCAGAUGAGGCAGCCAGGAAGGUCCUGGAAACAAAGACAGGUCAGAAUCCCCCCCGACAGUUUGAUGCUCUGGAACAUCCAUAUGUUCUGUCACACAAUGACAAUGUGAACCAGGACAAUGAACUGAAUGUGUACUUCUGUCAGUCAUAUCCACGUUCAAAGGAGGAUAUUCUACGAGACAUUUGGGCACAAAAGUUAGCAACAAAGCCAAAGACUUCUCGAGAGAAACUUGAGGAUAUAUGGAUGGUGCAGGACAUCUUGUCAUGUAUGUGUUGGCUUCACCGUGCCCUCAUGUCCAAGUUGCUGUGGCGGUUCCUGUACACCGCAGCCAUCAUCAUCUUCAUGUGCAGCAUCAUGUACAUCGUGGACUCCUGGCUGUGCGCCGACAACUUCCACUCGCUGGUUGGCUCAGAUCUCCUCAUAUCUGAGCUGGAGUGGCAGGCUGAGACUGUCAAUAGUCACGUUUCCACAGUAGCUGAUGUGAUGAACUCCAUUCUGCAGGAGCUAAAAGUGUCGGUGGACCACGAUGUCGAGACAACCAACAUGUUGCUGUUCCAUAACGUGGGAGACUCAGAUGUCUGUUCUGAUGUCGAUGUUAUCCAACUUAUGCAGCAGUUCGAAUGCUGUUACCUGCAACCUCACCUUCCUCCAAACCCCGCAUCAACAUCCGCUGUCAUCCUGCAAUUUCCUGCCUCUGAGGGUCAACACAUAUACAGCACAUACACAGACUUGGACAUCCAAAAGUUAAAGACAUUGGUUAUAACAGAAUUGUCUCCCCUUCUGGAAAUGUCACGCCACCUCGUGUUUAUGACUGCAUAUAUUGUGAUUGUGUUACUGUGUGCACGAAUCGUGUGCCAGGUGACAGCCAGGACUGUGAAGGACUACCUCAUUGUGUCGGGGCAUCUGCCCCGAGCAAGGAUUUAUCAGUUCAGCAACACAAUGACCGGGAUGUCAGAUGACCCACAUGAUCAGGAGAAGGAGAUCCACCGCAGUGCAUCAUGGUUAGAGAGUUGUGAGAGCGGUGUAUAUGUUGGCGAUAAUGAUGACUCUGCCAGGGAGUCAACAAUAUGAUCCACCGCAGUGCAUCAUGGGUAGAGUUGUGAGAGCGGCAUAUACCUCGGCAACAAUGAUGACUUCACCAGAGCCAACAAUAUGAUCCACUGCAGUGCGUCAUGGAUAGAGUUGUGAGCGCGGCAUAUACCUCGGCAACAAUGAUGAGGCAACAGUAUGAUCCUCCACAGUGCAUUAUGGGUAGAGCAUUGUGAGAGAGGAGAUACCGAACACUGUAACCCUCUCAGCACAUCAGGGUCAGGAACAUGUUAGCUGGGAGUCUGGUCUCUAUUAAGAUGGAGGGUUGUUAGCGCUACAUAUAUGUUGGCCGUGAGUGUGGUCUCAAUUAUGAGAGAGGGUUGUUAGCGCUACAUAUAUGUUGGCCGUGAGUGUGGUCUCAAUUAUGAGAGAGGGUUGUUAGUGCUACAUAUAUGUUGGCCGUGAGUGUGGUCUCAAUUAUGAGAGAGGGUUGUUAGUGCUACAUAUAUGUUGGCCAUGAGUGUGGUCUCAAUUAUGAGAGAGGGUUGUUAGCGCUACAUAUAUGUUGGCCGUGAGUGUGGUCUCAAUUAUGAGAGAGGGUUGUUAGUGCUACAUAUAUGUUGGCCGUGAGUGUGGUCUCAAUUAUGAGAGAGGGUUGUUAGCGCUACAUAUAUGUUGGCCGUGAGUGUGGUCUCAAUUAUGAGAGAGGGUUGUUAGCGCUACAUAUAUGUUGGCCGUGAGUGUUGUCUCAAUUAUGAGAGAGGGUUGUUAGCACUAGAUAUAUGUUGGCCGUGAGUGUGGUCUCAAUUAUGAGAGAGGGUUGUUAGCACUACAUAUAUGUUGGCCGUGAGUGUGGUCUCUAUUAAGAUGCAGGGUUGUUAGUGCUACAUAUAUGUUGGCCGUGAGUGUGGUCUCAAUUAUGAGAGAGGGUUGUUAGUGCUACAUAUAUGUUGGCCGUGAGUGUGGUCUCAAUUAUGAGAGAGGUUUGUUAGCGCUACAUAUAUGUUGGCCGUGAGUGUGGCCUCAAGUAUGAGAGAGGGUUGUUAGCACUAGAUAUAUGUUGGCCGUGAGUGUGGUCUCUAUUAAGAUGGAGGGUUGUUAGCACUACAUAUAUGUUGGCCGUGAGUGUGGUCUCUAUCAAGAUGGAGGGUUGUUAGCACUACAUAUAUGUUGGCCGUGAGUGUGGUCUCUAUCAAGAUGGAGGGUUGUGAGAAUAGUAGAUGGCAAUGAAGGUUGUGGAACUGCUAUUGGCCACAGUGAUUGGUGUCUACAGUCAGAGAGUCACAGUGAUUGGUGUCUACAGUCAGAGAGUCAUGUGUGUCAUCAACUUCAAGGAGCAAUAGUACGAGUUUGUGCGUCUUUUAUAGUCACAACACCACUACAUGAAUCAUACGUAUACUGGCCUCAGUAUAUGUCACCUGAUUUAAUGGUUGCAUUAUAUGUCUACUGCACAACUUGUUGAUUUGUAUUAUUUAUUUUGUUAAGUUUUAGAAUGAUAAAACAACUAUUCAUGUUUUCUAUUCAUUUCUGUAAGACUUUAAACACACUGCUUACUAGAUGUUUGUGACGGAACAUGAGGUGUUGUUCUGUGUGUUUGUGUGUAGUUCCCUAGUGUGCUGCAGACUGUUGUACGUAUCUAGAAGUGUCAUAAGAGUGCAUGGGUGUGGUAUAACUGUGUGAUGAGGACACUGUGGUAUAACUGUGUGAGGAGGACAUUGUGGUAUAACUGUGUGAAGAGGACACUGUGGUAUAACUGUGUGAUGAGGACACUGUGGUAUAACUGUGUGAUGAGGACACCGUGGUAUAACUGUGUGAUGAGGACACCGUGGUAUAACUGUGUGACGAGGACACUGGUAUAAAUGUGUGACAAGGACACUGUGGUAUAAAUGUGUGAUGAGGACACUGUGGUAUAACUGUGUGAUGAGGACACCGUGGUAUAACUGUGUGAUGAGGACACCGUGGUAUAACUGUGUGAUGAGGACACCGUGGUAUAACUGUGUAAUGAGGACACCGUGGUAUAACUGUGUGACGAAGACACUGGUAUAAAUGUGUGAUGAGGACACUGGUAUAAAUGUGUGACGAGGACACUGUGGUAUAACUGUGUGAUGAGGACAUUGUGGUAUAACUGUGUGAUGAGGACAUUGUGGUAUAACUGUGUAAUGAGGACACCCUGGUAUAACUGUGUGGUGAGGACACUGUGGUAUAACUGUGUGAUGAGGACAUUGUGGUAUAACUGUGUGAUGAGGACACCAUGGUAUAACUGUGUGACGAGGACACUGGUAUAAUGUCUGACGAGGACACUGUGGUAUAAAUGUGUGAUAAGGACACUGUGGUAUAAAUGUGUGAUGAUAACACUUUGGUAUUACUCUGUGAUGAGGACACUGUGGUAUAAAUGUGUAAUGAUAACACUGUGGUAUAACUGUGUGAUUAGGACACUGGUAUAAAUGUGUGAUGAUAACACUGUGGUAUAACUGUGUGACGAGGACACUGUGGUAUAAAUGUGUGAUGAGGACACUGUGGUAUAACUGUGUGAUGAGGACACUGUGGUAUAAAUGUGUGAUGAUAACACUGUGGUAUAACUGUGUGACGAGGACACUGGUAUAAAUGUGUGAUUAGGACACUGUGGUAUAAAUGUGUGAUGAUAACACUGUGGUAUAACUGUGUGAUGAGGACACUGUGGUAUAACUGUGUGAUGAGGACACCAUGGUAUAACUGUGUGACGAGGAUACUGGUAUAACUGUGUGACGAGGACACUGUGGUAUAACUGUGUGAUGAAGACACUGUGGUAUAACUGUGUGAUGAGGACACUGUGGUAUAAAUGUGUUAUGAGGAGACUGUGGUAUAACUGUGUUAUGAGGACACUGUGGUAUAACUGUGUUAUGAGGACACUGUGGUAUAACUGUUCAUGAUGUGUUGUGUUCGAAUUAUGAUUUCUUAGAUGAUUUCUCUGUAUGUGUACAUUCACAUGCUUCAAAUGUUUAAAACAUCAUUGGAGUACAUUCAUAUUUAUUAUAAUAAAAAGGGUUUUAUACUGA